CGGAGCAGGAUCAACACCAUGUCGGACGCAAAGCGUCAGAAAGUGCAUCAUGACGCCGACGAUGGGCAAAGUGAAAGGGAUAAUGCCGCGCAGAAUCCAUUUAGCUUCCCGUUUCCUCCAUAUUCCAUCCAAGAAGACUUGAUGAAGCAGAUCUACGACACUAUCUCGCAGUCCAAGAUCGGCAUCUUCGAGUCCCCCACGGGAACGGGCAAGUCGUUGAGCUUAAUCUGCGGUGUGUUGACUUGGUUGCGCGACCAUACCGAUGCUAAUGGAGUGCUCUUGCCCGACAAAGCGGACGAGGUCGCAACCACCGACUCGGCAUCGAUCGAGCCGUCAUGGAUGCGCAACUUUCACGCUCCAGCGCAAUCCACCUCAGAACGAGCAUUGAAUGACGUAUGUGCCAAAUUGGCCGAGAUUCGAGCAAACCCCACGCAUAGUCGCAUUCGCGACACGCGGCUCAUGCAUGGAGCGGGCAGGACUCCACAUGGACCAAAACCAAGCACUACCCCCACUGGAGCGACAAGUGGAACGAAACACGAUGACGGCGACGAAGUGCACAUCGUUCCUGCCUACGAGAGCGGCAAUGACGCGGCGAAAGACGCAGGGAGUAGCGACGACGACGACGACGACGACGAUUCGACAAAUCGCUUCAACAGCGAACCCACCGACUACAAUGUUGUCCAGAUAUUCUACUGCAGUCGAACGCAUUCGCAACUGAGCCAAUUCAUGCAAGAAAUCAAGAAAACGUCGUUUGCUAAGUCGAUUCGGACGCUGACGCUGGGGGCGAGAAAGUCGUUGUGCAUUCACCCAGACGUUCGAAAGCUCACGUCGGACACGGCCAUGACGGACAAAUGCCUCGACUUGAUCCAGUCCACCAAAACCAAAGCCCCAGGCUGCCCCUACAAUAAACGAACCACCCAAGUGCAUUUCCGCCACCAUGCCCUGGCCCAAGUUCAGGAUAUUGAAGAGUUGCACGACCUCGGCCAACAAAUGUCCAGUUGCUCGUACUAUGGCACGCGGUCGGCAAUCCCCCUCGCACAAGUCAUUGCGAUGCCAUACUCGAUGUUGCUGAGUAAAUCCACGAGGGAAUCGUUGGGUAUCCACAUCAAAGGCAGCAUUGUCAUCUUGGACGAAGCGCACAACAUUGCCGAUGCAGUCAACAACACGUACAGCGUCACCGUGUCAGGGCAGCAUCUGAUUAAAACACGCCGCCAAGUAUGGAGUUACUUUCAGAGAUAUGAAAAGCGACUGCAAGGGCGGAAUGUGUACUACAUCAAGCAACUGUUGGCGGUGUUGCAACAUUGCCACAAGUUCCUCACGUCCAAAAUAUCGUCGUCCAAUGCUAUGUUUACCAUCACCGACUUUCUUUUUGAAGCGAAAAUGGACAACAUCAAUCUGUUCAAGAUUCAGCAGUAUCUAGAACGAAGUAAAUUGGCGCAAAAGUUGCUGGGGUUUGUAGCAACUGAAGACGGAGGCGACGGAGUGACGACACACGUGUCUCCCUUGCGAACCAUCGGAGCUUUUUUCAUGGCGCUGACUACGGCUACUGCCAACGGCCGCAUCUUGGUCAUGCAACAAGAAAAGGAAGAUGGCGGAAAGGAGAAUUGCCUCAAGUUCAUGCUGUUGAACCCAGCGUUGCACUUUGCAGACAUCGUCGCAGAAGCAAAGUCUGUGAUUUUAGCUGGAGGAACCAUGCAACCUGUAUCUCAAGUGUUGCAUUCGCUCCUCUUGGGCGUAGAUCGUGAGCGCAUUGACCUGUUUUCAUGCGGUCACAUCAUCCCCCCUGCAAACUUGACUGCCGUCGCGCUGGGUGUGGGGCCGACCAACACGGAAUUGGACUUUACGUUUUCCAAACGGAAUACUCGCCCCAUCAUGGACGAAGUCGGACGGAUUGUGCUCAACCUCGUGCGCGUGGUGCCUGGGGGGGUGGUCGUGUUCUUUCCGUCGUAUUCGUAUGAAAACCAAGUGAUCCUGCAUUGGAAAUCCACAGGCGUGCUGGCAGCUAUCGAAGCAAAAAAGAUGGCCUUCCGAGAGCCCAAAAGCACGGCCGAAGUCGACGCCGUCUUGACGUCGUAUGCAGCUGCCUGUCAAGAAUUUGGGGCGAUUCUGUUUAGUGUCGUGGGGGGCAAAAUGUCGGAAGGGAUCAACUUUAGCAACGAGUUGGCACGUUGCGUGGUGAUGGUGGGGCUGCCGUAUCCGAAUCCACACGACCCAGAGUUGAUGCAGCAAAUGGAAUACACGACCAAAAGUGUCUCGGGGGUGUCGGCCCAUGACUUUUACUCGAACCUGUGCAUGAAGGCAGUGAACCAGUCCAUCGGGCGGUCCAUUCGCCAUCGAAACGACUACGCUAGCAUCAUGUUACUCGACCGCCGAUACAACACGAACGUCAUCCGGUCGCGACUUCCGAAAUGGAUUAACGACCGCACCGUCACCUACCCGACAUUUGGGCCUAUGAUUCCGCACCUCGUGCAAUUUUACAAGCAGCAUCGCCCUGCCAACACGACAAUUUGAAUCGCAACCACAAUGAAUAAUCGAUUCUAUCGAUAUCCUGCUAUCAGGAGACGUGUUUCCA